AUGGCGGCGGCGAAGAUCCCGGUGGAGCUGCAGCUGGCGGCGGACGACGCGGCGUGGCUCCGCCAGAUGGCCGCCACGCACGGGCUGCCCGACGCUGGCAAGGCGCUGCGCAUCGUGCUGACAUACGCCAGGGACGAGAAUCUGGUGGCUCUGGGCGGCAAGGAGGCCAUCCAGUCGCCCUCCGCGUCGCUCGCCACCCACUCAUUCGCCAUCGAGUCUUUCCAUUGCCAUUCCCCCUGCACGGCCCACUUAUCAUCCACGCUCUAUCGUCCACUUAUCUCCACCCCCUCUCCACCACACCACCCCCACCACGCCUCUCUCUCCGCCCUGUGCCCGUCCUCUCGCGUGCAGGCGGUGCGGGUGCUGCUGCGCCACGUGCAGGCAGCGGUGUCAGAGGCGAUCCUCUUUGGCCUCGUGCGCUGCAAGCGCCCCCUCAACUGCACAUCCUGCCCCGCCCACGCCGCCGCCACUGCUGCCAAGGCUGCACCCCCUGCUGCGCCUGCCGCUGCUGAGUAG